AUGACUAAAGAACCAUCUGUUUCUAUCUUUAAUGCAACAAUAAGAUAUUAUAUAGAGUGUGUCCAACGUCUUCAACCUGCCUAUCGUUCAACUUUAAUCAGUUAUACACAUUCUUUGGAUAAUUACAAGCUCGCAAGUACGAACAAUCAAUUACAUAUUGCUAACGCGUUAAACAGUAUUGGAGGCGUGUAUGAUAACCGUGUUCUUACACUGAAAUAUUUUCGUGAAGCGCUUGCGAUUGCGACGCAUUUUACACCUUCCCAUCAUCAAGAUCUGAUGGUUUCUCACACAAGAGCUUUACUUGCUCCAUUGCAUAUGGUUAAAUAUAUUGAUCUCCUACGCAUAGCAGAGAUAGCACUGGAUGUCGGCAAAUGA